AUGACAGCGGUCGCAGGUGCCCUUGGCUCUGUGAUCGGUUACCUUGGUGCAGAAGUCGCCGAACCUACCGUCUUCGAACGACUACUAUGGCCACAGCGAUUCUACAACUACGCCUCUCUUCGAACGCUCCUCGUCAGCGCACUGAUGAUGCCAAUGGGCGGCCCCUUGCACAAGGCCGCUCUCGAAACCCUCGAUGCGAUACGAGAGAAUGGACUAUAUCGAGGCGCAACACGCGGUCACAUGUUGGGUACGGCGUUCUUCCAUGAGAACGACGUCAAAUACUUCAAUCGCGUUGUCAAUGAGGGAGAAAAAGACAUCCGGAAUGGAUUCUGGGUCGAAGUUCUGAGGAUGAUAAACCAGGGUACGAGGGAGCGGAAAGCAACCCGACAACGAAAGCGGGCGUCAUCCAACGGCGCGAUCGCUCCACAGGCGGCUACAUCGAGGACUAGAGCAACACAACCCUUGUUUACCCUCACCAUUUCGGAAGAGCCGAGCGAUCCCAAUGCAUCUUACGUGACGCUUUCGGAGGACAAGGUCACCUUCAAGACGAUCCUUGGAAUUGUUUGUAGCGAGCUGAGCACCAUAAUUUUUGCAGUCGUCAUCGGCGUAAAACAGAGAGUGUUCUGGCUAACUGGGCUAUUGGCUCUGCCAUUAGUCUUGAAACUCAUCUCCUUGCUCGUCACGGUCCGUCGCGAGACCUUUCCCCAGGCCUCCACGACAUUGAGUGGGACGAGCACAUCGAAUAGCCUGCCGAAGGCUGCACAAACACAAACAGUCGCCGCGCGGCCGGCGCCACCCGAAACACAGAUCUACGAAGUCAUCCUUCCAUGCUUAGGCUUUACCUUGCUCGUAGGAAAGCCUAACAUCAUUCUUCCCUUCUUCCGACACUACGGUCACCCUCUUCGUGAAACGCGCUACGACCGGUUCCGUGAGAUUUGCUGCCUCGCCUUGAUAUACCUAUUCGUGCUGUAUUUUCCUGCUGGACUGAUCGCUUUACUUUGGAUGCCAGAAGACACUCAGUAUGUGUGGUUAGGUUAUCAGGUAUAUGCAAUCGUAUUCAUGCAUCUGAGCCGAUUAUUUGGUCUAGGUGGGACCGCGCGUACUGAAGACAGGAUUGCGCGGCUGUUGGAAGCCGGCAAGGAAGUGUGCUUACAAAGUGGCGAGGUCAAACUUUGGGCCAAGCUCCAGUGGGACGAGGUCGCGUCAAUAGAGGAAGGCCGCAAGGCCAUUAACGCGACAGUAGAGAGCCAUUGCCUGGCAGCAAGUUACCCGUGCGAGAAGCCUUAUCCAAAAGCAUGA